GUACCUGUCCACCUGUCAGUUGGACCGGAGACUCCCGGAUACUUAUUUGUUCCUCUGUCGCUUCAGCGCUCCGUCGAUGUGCGUUCGCCUUGGGUUCAGUAAGUAUUUUAUACAACUUGAAUGUUAAAUUGUCAUCUUCUUUGUGACCGAUUUGAUCUUUUUUUUUUUAACUCCAGGUUAAAGGUCUCACCUGUUGCACAGGUGUCUCUCUAAAUCGGUUUGUUUGUGUGUUAAAUCGGCACGUUUAUCGAAUUUUAAUCGAGUCCUACUUCAAUUAAUCAAUAAAAAAACGUAUCAUACAUUUAAAGGGGGUGUUAUAUAAGGUAUCCGUAUGCAUGUCGUGAUUCCCUAUUCAUAGACCUCAGGUGUGUUUCUCAUUUAUUGUGGCGCGGUUUAAUCAGUGAGGUCCCUCAGGACUCAUCUCCUUCGUUAUUUGCACAAAGAGUUUUUGCCGCUAAUUAAACACUAGAGAGAAGGGUGUGUUCAAGUGCCUCCCAGUAGAGAACAGCACCUGCGGAAAAUUGUUGAGAUUUGUUUUUUGUUUUAUUAUUUUUUUUCUUUAAACGAAACAACAGAGCUACAUUAUAUCUGUACAACCAGUGUUUCACCUGCUGACAGUCUGUGUAACCUGAAGACUAACACAACUGGUCCCAGGACCAUCUCCCCUGAAAUAUGAUCCAUUUGUAGGAACCACACACCUCACAACUUGGUUUACUUACCUCAAGCCAAUGAGACACAUUCACUCCUUCAGUGCUAUGGUUCUCCUUGUCACUUUAUUUCUGAUUUUAUACUCAGCCCUACACCUAGAGACGACUUACAGUCGCAGGGCUGGACCAGAGGACCCCCUGAGGCAUCUUAGCCUCCAGGUGCAAGACAGCGAUGUGAAAACACAAUCCUCCAAGCUGGAAAGUUUCACCAGUCCUCACCCUGUUGUCCCCAACGUGUCUGUUUCUGAAAGCUUCAGACAGACCAUCCCUCAAAAUCAAGCGUACUGGAACCGUCUGCUGUACUUGUCCCUGAGGAGUCUGGACAAGGGGAAAGACCCUCUCAGACAUGACUCCCAUUGGUCUCGCUGCAGGGAGACAAAUCAAGAGCUUCUGCAAACCAAUGUGCACGACUUCAUGGCCUACCCUGCCUUAUUCAAGGACUUUGUGCAGGGCAUGAACUGCAGGUCCUCUCCAGUCCUGAUCAAUCAACCUAACAAGUGCAUCUCCAGCGAAGGGGAGGGGGCCAACCAGACCUUCCUGCUGUUCGCCAUCAAAUCAGCUCCAGGGAACUUUGAGCGGAGACAGGCGGUGCGGGAGACCUGGGGCCGAGAGGGGGUGUAUCACAGAGGACUGAGGGUGCGCAGAGUAUUCCUCCUGGGUAACUCCCCGCUGGAUGACCCUGACCUCGGCCCACUGCUGUCAUUUGAAGCAAAACAUUUUGGGGACCUCUUGCAGUGGGAUUUCCAAGAAUCCCUUUUGAACCUGACGCUUAAAAUGAACAUGUUCCUCCAGUGGACACUGAAACACUGUCCCCAUGUCUCCUUCGUCUUCAGUGGGGAUGAUGAUGUAUUUGUCAACACGCAGGUAUUGCUCAGCUACCUGCUGUCUCUGAAGGGCUCUAAAGCAUCUCAGUUGUAUGUUGGACAUGUCAUAAGUACAGCAAAUCCACUCAGAGACCCCAACAUCAAAUACUACAUCCCUCUGAGCUUCUAUGACGGCCCGUAUCCUGCUUAUGCAGGUGGAGGCGGCUUUCUUAUCUCUGGAGUCUUGCUGCAGCCCCUAUAUUCAGUUUCUCGUGUCAUUCCUUUCUUCCCCAUUGAUGAUGUCUACACUGGGAUGUGCACUAAGGCUCUGGGAGUUUCUCCUGAGGCGCAUGCAGGCUUUCAGACCUUUGACAUCAAGGAGCAGGAUCGUGAGAAUCUGUGUGUACAUAAAGAGCUUAUCCUGAUUCACCAGCGCUCGCCACCGCAGAUGAAGAAGUUGUGGAAGGGCAUUCACAGCCCCUUGUUGACUUGUUGAACUGGACUGGUGAGCAAAAGAUGUAGCGAUCAAAGAGUAAAUAUGGACUAUACAGACAUAUUGAAGCCACGGCGUUAUUUGUUUUUUUUCAUUGUCCUGUAUCAAGAAGCAGAAGGAAUUGUUGUGUGUUUUACAUCAUCUAUUGUUGACAUAUUGUAGCAUGAAAAAAUGCAGAGCAAUUGUGUUAAGAAAUUUGCAGCUGUGACAUUUUCAAGAUUUAAGAGGUUUGGGUGUCAUAGGAAGACAUUUUCAAACUUAAAAUGUCAUGGACACGUUUUACAACAUAUUUGGUGGGCAACUAGUCAAGAUAUUGUACUGUCAAGU